GAUCGAUUGUUUUAUUUUGUUUUGUUUGGUUCUACCCCGCUCUGUCCUUCCGAGAACAACGCAACACAACACAACGCAACGCAACACAACUCUCCGACGCGACAUUCCGAUCCGAUGGGUGCGCUACGCAACCCACGGAGCACAACCGAACAAUGCGCGGCAACCAACACCGCAACCGCGAAAAGCACGUCCCGCACAAACGGCCCAUCCUCUCGCCGGUCGAUCGUUGCGUUCCUCCCCGAGACCGUUUCGUUUUUCCUCCGGGGGAUCGACGCCUUCUUCCGAGCGCCCUCCCAAGAUCCGCUCGCUGCAGCGGGGAGGAUGCGGCUCGGCUUUGCCCUCAUCGUGUUGUACGACCGGCUCGUUUUCUGGCACACCGACCUCGGCUUUUUGUACUCUCCGGUCGACGGGGUCCUCACCGAGAGCACCCAUGCGAGGCAUUUUCUGUGGAAGGAGGAACCCUUGUACCCGUCCUUCUGGGACACCACCGAGGGCUACCUGGAAGGCGUCGACGAAACUGCGAUCGGGGGCAGCAGCAGCGAAAGCGACGAGGAGGACCUGGAGGACCUGCGCGACGUCCUAGAGACGCUGGCGUCCCCCCUGGCCCUCUUCAAGCACUCGAAACCCUCCACCGACCAAUUCUUUGUCCGGUGGCUCUUCUGGGCAGGGGUGUUCCACGCGCUGUGUCUGGUGUGGAUCGAGAUUCGGAACGCGAACGCCGGAGGGAACGAGGGGGAUCGCGGCAGCAGCGGAGGCAGGUUUUCCCUGUUGCGCUUGCUGGGACACCCCAGCCUCCACGUCUUUGGAAUACUGGUCACGAUGGUAAGCUUCCGGAACCGGGGGAUCAACAUGCUCUACGACAUGCAGGACCUCCUCCUGCUGCUGGUGGCCUUUUAUUCCCUCUGGCUGCCCACGGCUCCGAGCAACACCCUCUUUUCUGCCUGUUCGGGCUGCCCGAUGUGGCCCUUUCGGUUGCUCCAGAUCCAGACCUCGUGCAUCUACGUCGGGGCAGGCUUUGCCAAGCUCCUUGACGAUGGCGGGCAGUGGAUCCCCGGUGCCGGCGGUGAAAGCGGAGAGGAGGACGGGGACGAUGCGGUCUUUCCCGGACUGUCCGCCAUGCACUACCUGGUCCACCAGCAGGACUUUUUCGGGGGGGUCUUUCGCCCGGACCUUCUCUACGGAUUCGAGGGGCCCCUAAAGAUCGCGACGCUGGCCUCGCUGGUGCUGGAGUGCACCUGCUGGUUCCUGGUCUGGGUCCCCCGCCUGAGGGUGCCGGUGGUGGUGGCCAUGGUGGUCUUUCACCUCGGCAUCGAAACGGGAAUGAACAUCCACACCUUUCAGUGGACCUCCAUCCUCUGCUGGACCUCCUUUCUGGUAGUGCCGGAACCAAAACCAGAACCGAGCCGCGGUGCACGAAACAACACCAAUCCCUGGGAAACAGCGGCAACACAGAAGGGGAACCACAACAACAACGACCCCGAACCCUUGGAGGAAGCCACCGGAAGAGAGCACAUGAACACCAAACAGAAGACAAAGGAGCAAAGACCUGCAUCCGCAACAACGAACCGGAAGGGGCUGCUUCUCCUGGCGGCGAGCGUUCUCUUCCACACGCUGCUUCCCCUCGCGGUGGCCACCUCGGUGGUCGUCUCCACGCUUCCCGAAUACACACUGUGGCAUCCACCCUUUUGGUUCUUUUCACUGGAGGAAAGGGUUUCCGGCGCGCUAGCGUUUGCACUCCCGCUCGACUACGAGAGCCGAACAAGCACCAGUGACGAAAGCACCGGAGAGUCCUGUCCCAACGAGAACGAAGACGAACACGAAUCGUCCUGCUCUAGCAACAGCAACAGCGACGACGAAGGAAGAGGAGAUCGGGAGGCUCCCGGAGACGAAACCAGCGCCCGGGCCAGGGCAGAUCGGUUCUACGACGAUGUAGUGCUGCCGGGGCUCCGGGACCUGCAGAACCACCACCCGGUGUUGGUCGGCCUCGACCGGUUCUGGAGGUUCUGGGGAAUCCAGCAGGGGCCCUGGAGCAUGUACGCGGCGGUGCAGGACUCCAACACGCGGAUCGUGGCCAAGGUGGUGCUGAAGAAAGAAAAACAAGAGAACGACAACGACGAUUCCAACGGCAACAACAGCAAGCAGAAGCAAGACGACAAGGAAGAAGACAACGACGAAAUCGCGUUCUACUAUUCGUCCCCGGAAUGGUCCGGACCAAUGCUCUCGGCUUCGGCCUGGGAACGCAAGAAACGAUACCGCCAGAUCUUGUUCUGGAACGCCGUUCACUUCGAACCGACGGUCCAGCACGACAUCUGCAAGCGAUGGGGGAGGGCCGCGGUUUUGGCGUCCGGUAGAAGGGAUGCGCCAGGAGGCAGCGGCGACCACAAAAACUGGCAAAAAGCGAUCGAUCACGUCGUCCUCAAGCAACUGACCAUCGGGACUCCUCCUCCCCCCGUGUCUUCUUCGUUUUGGGAGCCCGUCGCCACGAACAAGGGCGUCUUCAUUGAUUACGAGGAAUCCCUGCUGUACGUUUACGUUCCGGAUUGGUCGAGCCUGCCGGACCACCAGGGGGAUCCAAGCAGCGAAAGCGACGGCAACACCGGCAGCGAGGGAGCGGUCGAACGGAGGCGAUCGGAACGAAAGGCCAUUCUCGACCGGGGAAGCUCGGAAGAAGCCCAUCACCGCUACAAUUACGACCACGGAUGGGACUACGACCGCGGUGGGGUGUGGUGGGACGGGAGUUUCCAUCGGUAUUGCAAGGCCCGAAAAGAGUUUUCACUCAACGGCUACACCGAGGACUGCGAAGAUGCCAGCGCCGACGACGUCGAUGACAUUGAGGAGGAGCAAGACGAAGACGGCGAAAGCGACGGCGAAGACGAUGGAGGCACCGAGGAGGAGUUCGGGGACGAAGACGACGAAGAAGCGCAGGAGAAUGAACACGAUGGAGACACGGAGGAGGAUCUCGAGGAGGACGAAGACGAUGGAGACACAGAGGAGGAUCUCGAGGACGAAGAGAACGACGAAGAAGCACAGGAGGACGAAAACGAUGGAGACACGGAGGAGGAUCUCGAGGACGAAGAGAACGACCCGGAAGAAGACAACGACCAGGACGAAGAACACGACUGAGUUACCGGGACCAUUGCCAUCACCCUGCACACUCGGGGGAAAGCCAUUUCGUACUUUUACUACCGCUGGCCACAAUCUGGUUCUUUUUCGCAAAUUUUCGUCUCCUCUCCCCAUUCCACACGCCGAAAUGAUGGAAGUCCCUUAAUGAUUCUAUUAGCGCUCAUGUUACUCAUGGGGAUCUUCGGCGGAUGCUCUUGCUGCUUGCAAGCUUGGAGCUUGUGAGGCAGCACGCAAAUAUCUUUCCCCGAGUUCGAAACGCCGUGCAAUUCGACGGAAUGGUGGUUGGGUUGCGUUGCGUUCCCAAACGCAGGGACGCAACCUAGGACAAAGCUGAGUUUACCAGCAGAUACGCGGCCGCACUCGGUGCGACGGAAGCACUGCGAGCGGCAUCGAAACGAAACCGCGAAAGCGACGACCAAAACAGUUCGGGCUUCAUUUUUGAUUCUGUAACUUCUUUCCUUGAUGGUUUUUUGAACAAACGAAGAAAGGAAACUGCGAGAACUCCAACCAAAAGUUACCAGAUCGAGUACGUAGUAUUCUGAGUAAUGUUCUAAAAACGACAAGCUAUAAAAUAUAUUUCUUUUG